UGCGGCUGGGUGCGCUGCUUGCCGUGUUCAGGCACUGCCGUGCGGUGACAGGGGCUCGCAGGAGAGUUUGGGAUACAACCUCCGAUGCUGAAUACAUCCAAGGAUUUCUCCCAUACAGAAGUUUCCAAGAUGGAAAGGUCUUGCUGACUUUUACCUCCCCUGGGCAGCCCAUCAUCCUGACGGGAAGCACUGGGCCUGGGUGCUCUCCUUCCCAUGUUAAAGCACUGUCAUCCUCUUUCAGGAGCCACUGCACUCAGCUGCCAGUGCUGAGUACAUCUCCAAAGAUUGCUCCCACACAAUAGGUGCCAGGACAGAAAGCUCAUUCUUUACCUCCAGUAGUCAGACCAUCAUCUGCAGCACCACGCACACUCCAGCUGGUCCAAAGCCAAGGACUGGCCCCAUUCCUCCCCAGACAGCCACAGCUUCUGCCGCCUUGGCUGGGCAGAAAGGCAGAAAGAGGCAUUUUCUCAGAGGACCUCACUAACUAGUUCCCAGAGCGGCCUGAAUUUUGCUCACUUCAUAUCUGGAGUUGAAGUUUUGCUGGCAGUUUUCCUCCUGUCAGCAGAGAUUUUAAACUUGAUUGCCUCAUGGUUGCAGUGGCCAAGAAAGCCGCAAAUCAUCACUCAAGAAAGUCACAAAUCAUCACUUUGCCCGCAAGUCCCUCUCUGUUAACAAGCAACAAAUGAAGGAGGGCACCUUUCCCAGUCAGUUCUCAUAGUACCUGUACCAAGAGGUAUAGGUGUUUCAGGAAUCCUAUGGACCUGUUAUCAUCUAUUUUGAUUUACAAGUACUUAAUUGCUUAAAGACUAAUUUGUUAGUGUUGCCAUCCUGGCUGGGUGGCCUAUAGUAGACUCCCACAACCACACACGCUUUAUUUGUUUGUCCUUUAAUCCUUACCUGGAGGCUCACUUAUGCCAGUGACUGUGCAUCUCUGGGGCUGAGCCAAGGCUUCUGAGCUCCUCUUGCUUGUUCCUCAUGCUGUGUGUAGAAGCGCUUCAAAUGCAGCUCUUUGUACCCAGUGCCUCGUGUAGCCAACUAAAGAUCUCACUGGCACACGGCCUGUCUUUGGUGUGCCAUUCCUUUGCUCAUCCCUGGUGAACCUCGUUUUAUCCCUUUGCCCAGCACACUUCUGUAGGGAUUUAACUCAGGAGUUGAAAGUAUGAGCCAGCCUGCAGCAUGAGUAACAAAGACAUUGGUUCUCCUAAAAUAGUAAUUGGACGCAAGAUCUGUAGUUUUUCUAUCCCAUGGGAAGAGAUGCAGCCAAAAGAAUGUUUACUCUAAAAUGGGUACUCCAAACUUGGCAAGCAGACAAUUUAAUGAAGCUCCCAAUUUAAUGAAGAAUACACAGCACAGGAAUAUGAAGAUCUGACAGAAAUGAGGAUGUUUAACACCAGCCUUUGUCUGUCCCCACUUGCCAAGUGCCCUGUAAAAGGAGCUGCUGGUGACAUGGGUCUUUACAGAAAUUGCUAAAACAGUCCAUGCAAGCAAACAGGAAUUGGAGUCACAGAAAUAUGUGUGUGUGUAUAUAUAUAUAUAUAUAUAUAUAUAUAUAUUUAUAUAUAUAUUUGUGGUAGAAACUUGAUAACUGUGUAUCUUCAGUACCUAGACUUUAAACCUGUCCUAUUUUUGUGGAGGAAAAGUGUUGCUACAGUUAGGGUAAUGUAAAUAAUCAAAUAAUCUUUUUUUUUUUUUUUUUUUUUUUUUUUUUGCUUCAAGCUCUGUGUUUGCAAGCCAUCCUCACAGCCAAAACUGUUAUUUCAGCUAUUUUUAGGAGUUUACCUGUGCAGGCCUGGGCUGAUGCAUUUUUGUGACGGAUGUUCUAAUUGCCAGGGCCAUUCAGAGAGUUUUCAAGCUGUUUUUUUCCUUUAACUCUCCACCUUUCUGAAGAGAAGGAAGAGUUUAAUGACUGUGGACCCAUGCUGGAACAAGAAGACCCUUUUGUUUCCUAUUUAUGGAAAUCCCCAGGGACCCCUGUGUGUAAUCUACAUAAGCAAGUAACCUGUCUGGAAUUGCAAUCAGAGGCACUGAUCUCACUGACUGCAAAUAUCCUCCUCAUAGAGACAAGUGAAUUACAGCCACAGCCUCUCCCCUAAAUGGACCAUCUGAGGAGUUAUUUAACUUCUCAAGCAGCCUGCUUGGAAUGACACAGCUUAAUGUCCUCUUUUUACCCAAGGAAAAGAAAAUAGGCAUGUUAAAAGAUAGAUUUACUGCAAACAUGGUGCAGUUUUCACUGUGAAAAAAGGAAACUUCUUGGUGAGGCUCAGAAGAGGAUAUAACCCUAAGUUUUCCAGCUAAGUAAAAGCUAAUGUCAAGCAAAGUACUUCUCUGCCUAUAGUACCUGCAAUAAAUGAAGAGCUUAAAAAUUAUCCCCAAAUUAUGCUUAAGCACCUCAAAGUUAAAAAGAAGACAGAAGAAAUGCUGGUGGCUUUAGUUUUCUCACUUUAAACAAAACAAAAACCAGUGUUUCACUUGCAAGUUCUCUUGAUGAACAUGCAAACAAUAUAUUUGUAAGGAAAACAGAGAUUCUUAGUUUUGCAUCAAUAUGAGCUGAAGGGAAAUCACAAGUUAUCUCACAAUGCAUGCUGAUAUUGCAAGAACUGACUUCCUUGUCUCUGGUUUUGCUUGAAAAGGAUUUAACUAUGGAUGGCAUUGAGUGUGCAUACAAAUCAGGAACCAGUUUGGCAGAAAUUUGGUAAGACGAGCUAACAUGCACACUUUUCUGCUUCUGUUCAGAUUCUUGGGGCAAAAAAAAAAGCUGCUGUUGUCAGCAACACUCAACAAAUGUUAUGUGGCAGAAAAGUGAUGAACAGGAGGAGCAGCUGCCUGUGUUCUGGUCUGGAGGUUUUUAGUACAGUGGAACUGGCUCUAUAAAUUGGUGGGUUAAAUUAUACUCGUUACUUUGCUUCCAGGGAGAAUUGAACUGUCUGCUUAAAAUCACUUAAAUCCUGAACGUGAGGGUUCAGAUUCAUGAAGGAGAGACCAAAGGAUAUGAAGAUCCUUUGCAUCAGAGGCUUUGCUCAUGGGCAUGCCUUUACCCUACUGCAGUUAAUGUAGCUCUCCCAAUGCUGAAUCAGCUUGCAUUACACCAAGGGCCAAACUAGUUUGAAUUAAGGAUAAUUGCCAUGGAUCCACCGUCAGGCAGCCAUUUGCAAGCUCAGAGUAACUCAUCCCAAAUCCCAGAGACUCUGCCUGUGCUUUCACAUGUGCUUUCCUUAGCAGGUGCCCUGGGGCUUGGCUGAGAUCUACUCCCCCUCUUCUGCUUUUCUACAGGAUGGCCCAGGAGGUAGAAAAGGCCAAGUCCUGUACAGUGGUAUCUUUAUACACACCUAUGCCUGUUUCAUGAGGGGUUUCAAGAUGACAACCAAUUAUUAGAGAUACACAGACACCUUAGGGGAGCUUUUGCAGUGAAGCAUCCUGGGCUCCUUCCCCUUGGAAGGAGAUUCUUUGCUCCUGACAUGAGCAUGGUGCCAAGUAACAGCAGAGCCCAACCCAAAACCUAGCCAGAAUCACUGUUUUCUCCGUAACUGGAACCAAGUCUGAACUGUGAUUUAGAAAUUUCCUUGAAGUCUGAGUCAAACUAGCAUUGGUCACAGCUGAACACCAUGAUUAAAGCAAAACCCCCUGGUGCUCAGACUUCCUGCAGAGAGGGGAACUUUAAUCAGCAUCAUUUGCAUGCCAGCUUACCAGAAAGAAGACAUAAGAUGUGCAAGUUCAUACUUUUAUUAACCACUUCUCACUGCCUUUUCAAAGUCGUCCCUGCCACACUCUUCUGGAUGGUUGUCACAUGAAGAUGUGCCACCAGUAGGGACUUCAUGAGACUGCCUGCCGUCCUGCCCUGGGUCUCCACACUUUCUGCAGCAGGAAUAGCCUGGCCUUUCCUCCUGAAGGUAGGUCUGACAGCUAGAAAAAAAUAAAUAAAAAGCUCCCUGGGGAUACACAGCUCUGCACCCUUCACCAGAUGCUUCAAUGACAUGUUAGAAGUGAGUUCUGGGGAGAAAUCAGGAGUUCACUGACUGCUGCCAGCCACAGCCACAGGUGCUUUUAGUCAGCCCACAACGAGAGGGAAGUCAGAGCAUGAACAUGGGCCAUUUCCCCAUGGAGGAAGUUUGGCUCCAUCCGCUUCUCCUGUGGUUUCUGCAAGGUGACCUCUCGGUUACACGAGCUGCUUUUGAAGGGGUCUGGAGGAAAGGUCUGUGCUAGCUGAAGGUCCCCAGUAGCACUGACUCACCUUGUGUUGUCACCAGGCUUCAUCCCCAGGCAUUAUUCUGGACAAGCUGGUGCAGAACAUGUGGAAUACUUAGGUGCAUUUUCCUUGCAUCGAGCCCACCGGCUCAGCUACCUUUUGUGAUGGUGAACUGACUAGAAAAGCAAUCUACAGCAGAAAAAUCCCAAUAUUUUUUUGUUUACUGGGGCUUAAUGAUCAGCUUUGCAAGCCAACAGCAAUGAGCACUGUGCCUAAACUCACAGAUAAGAAAGAGAAGUUGCAGGUAGAGAUUAAUCACUUGCUGCAGAGGAUGCAAAUAAUUAAGAUUGCAAAGUACUACUAAAGCCAGGUACUUUUCCUUCUUAGUUGCUAGAUAAUUUAAGAGGAAAAUUUCAUUUUUUCUCAUGAAUCUUCUGCAAGAUACAGUACUUUUAGAUUACUUUUUAUGUGUGCACACUGGGGAGCUUACAGCUUGUUAAAAAUGAGAUUGCAGUGACUGUAGUGCAUCCAAGGACUUAAUCAGCACAGUGACAUAGAGAAGCUGGAGACCUAAUGUAGGCUAAAUGUAAAUUUGUAAAAUGAAAAUAAGUAAAUAAUUCAAAUCAGCGAUAUCAAUUUCUGUGUGGUUUGUUCAUCUUCCGGCCAGACUUGUUUCAAAGAGUUGAGGUUUUUAUUAAAGGUAGAAGAAGAAGAAGUAUAAGGAAGAGAGUCACAGUCCUGUUUCAGAGUUGUUUCAAAUCAGUUGUUUUCCCCCAUCUUUCCUCUCCAGAAUACGGAGCUUCUUUCAGGACUGAGGAGUGAUCUGGCUGAAGAUGGCAGCUGCAGAUGUUGUCACACAUCCUGGCAAGAGUAGCCUGGAUUACUACAGGAAUGACAGCAUGGUGCUGUCCCUGUGUGAGAACCCAGUGAACAGAACAGACUUCAUGUGUGACAAGAGGCAGGUCAGGCAGUUUGCUCAAGCCUUUCUGCCAGUGUUUUUCUGGCUCAUCUUCGCUGUGGGCACAGUGGGCAACACCUUGGUCGUGCUUGUCUAUUGCAAAUACCACUUCAGGAGGAGCAUGAUGGAUCUGUACCUGUUGCACCUGGCCAUCGCCGACCUCCUGCUCCUUUUCACCUUCCCCUUCUGGGCCAAGGCUGCUUCCGAUGGAUGGAUCUUUAAGGACUUCAUGUGCAAAGUUGUCAACAGCAUGUAUAAGAUCAACUUCUAUGGCUGCAGUUUGCUUCUAACCUGCAUCAGCUUUGACAGAUACAUCACUGUAGUCCAAGCUAUGAAAGCUAAAACUUGUAGGCGAAGGUGGCUCCUGCGCAGCAGGCUCAUGUGCCUGGCUGUCUGGCUGACAUCUGUGAGCCUGUGCAUCCCAGAACUCAUUUACAGCCAGAGCACACAGGUGGGUGACGUAACAGUUUGCAAAAUUAUGUACCCACCAAAUGUCAGUGUGAUCUUCAGAGUUAUGGUCCUGGCCUUGAAAGUAAUCAUAGGAUUCUUCCUUCCGCUCAUCGUCAUGGUGAUUUGUUAUGCCCUUAUAAUCAACACCCUCCUACAAGCCAAAAGAUUUCAAAAGCAGAAGUCACUGAAGAUCAUCACCAUGAUUCUCACUGCUUUCCUCCUCUCUCAGUUCCCAUACAAUAUUGUUUUGCUGGUCAAAGCCAUCAACACCUACACGGGAGUGGUGCACAGUUGUCAGACUGCCAACCAGCUGGACAUAGGGCUGCAGGUCACCCAGGUCAUCGCCUUCCUCCACAGCUGCCUCAACCCCUUCCUCUAUGUCUUUGCUGGUGAGCGGUUCAGGAUGGCGCUGGGCAGGAUGAUGCAAAGCUGUGGCUGCUGCUGGAGCAGGGGCCAGGAGCCCUCCUCUGCCUGUGACAGCCAGGAGCACAGCUCAAACUGGUCCUUUGCCAUGCUGGGGGGGAGGCGGGUCAGGAACUCCCUGAUCCUCAACACUCACUGGACCUCCUCUGUUAUGUCCCCUCCUUGCAAAGUCAUCCUGUAAGUUAGUCCUCACCUUCUCCUCUCCAGAGAAGCACCAAGCUCUUUGGAAACCAUUUGUAUACCCCAAAGAUUAUCCCAGAGGGGCAGAAAGGGUUGGGGGCCUGCCCUUGACGUGUAGGACCCAACUGAGGAUUGCUGGCUGAGAGAACAAGAAACCUUUGGCAGAUGGGAGCAAAAUGGAACCAUACUUGCUAUAAACAGAACUGAUAGAUGUCAAAAACUGUCUUUGUGACAGCUGGCCCAUCUGCAGCUCAGACCACAACCUGAAAUAACAAGUCUCACAGCAGGUGAUAAUCCCAGCUAUGGCAGCAACAGAGGAAGAUGAAGCAUUCUAUCCAUAGGAAGCAGCAGGAGGGGGUUCAGCCUUCAUUUGCUGUCACACCAGGUUCCCCUACGAAUGUGGCCUGACUUGGGAGCCCUGCCAGAUUCCUCCACCAGAUCCCAUCCCAUGUAAAGGAGAAUGGCCUUUAGCUCUGACACUGGUUUGUAGCAGUGAGCAAAUGCUGCUCUCUGUGCCUGGGCAAAUGCAACUCUGUUUGGCUGCAUAGGUGUUUUUUCUUGCAAAGAAAAGCCAGUUGUUCAUGUACAUAAAGUGGGCAUUGCAGAAUGUGGUCUGUCUUUCUCCUGUAUUUUAGCUGUGUGAUGUCAGGUACAAUGGCUCCUGUUUUGAUACUGGAAUCAAAUCACCCCUCACAAUAAAAAAUUAAGGGCUUUGGAGACAUUGAGUUGUCUGUCCUGGUGAUAUUUGUUGUAUGGUGCAAAGCUGUCAUAAACCAGAACACAAGAGCCAAACCCAUGGUUCAGCUGACCACUAACUUUGGAAAAUAUAUUUAACAUAGGACCAGCAAGACAGGGAGUAAUUAACUGUCAAACCUGAUGAAAUUUGGAAUGAGACAUCAGGUUGUGGAGGCUGCCAUUCCCGGAAGUGGUGUGCUGUAGUGCACCCCAAAACCUGAGCCCACAGGGCAUCAUUUAUCUGUUCCCUCUUGCUCAUCCCCUCACAGGGACAUGGCCCCACCUGUCCUGCCUGACCGCAGCCUGCACCUCCCACUCUUCAAUUGCAGG